AGAGCGUCGCGACGCGCAUCUCACGUAUCAGUUCCUGUCGUUCGAGAUCGGAGCGCAUUUAUGAAAGUUGUUUUAGUGGAUUUUCCCUGAAUUUUGAUUUUCGCAUGGUAAUUGUGUUUGGAUAUUAUCUCGGAUAAUAUACAUGUAGGAGUUGGAAAUUGUGUCAGAGUGAAAAGAAAUUUAAGGCUGACUUGGAUCUUCGAUUGAGAUUGUUUGUGAGGCUCCCAUCCAGAAGGUGUUCAACAUAUUACAGCUCUAAGACAGCCGUUGGAGUGUCGGGGAGAAAGAUGACGAAAAUUUCGUGACAGACCCAGAUUCAUAGACAAGAUGAUCAGAGGAAACCAAUCUUCAUCUAUUUACUCGGGAUACCUCCCACAUUCUCCAUACUUGAAGAGGCCAUCUCCAACAGGAAGCCCGGUAUAUAAGCGAACCUGCUACGAUCAUGAUAACUACCAGAAAGAUUCGGUCUUCUGCUGUUGCUACACAUGCCCGGACAAGAAUAAAACCACUUCUCUUCUAGUCACUUUUGGUGUUUGUUGCCUCGUCCUGAUCUACACUCUCUUUGGUGCGGUCGUGUUCAUGGCGCUGGAAGGUGGAUUCCGUCAAGACUCGGCUCUUGGAUCCACGAAAUCGGCUCAGAACGAAGAUAGUUUAGUAGGCGUGUUGAGGUCUCAAACGGUGGAACGUUUGUGGAGUAUCACGGAGAAUUUGAACAUUCUUUAUAAGGAAAAUUGGACUAGGUUAGCCGCGGAAGAAGUAUUGAUGUUUCAAGAAUCUCUAUUCAAAGUAUUGAACGACUACGAGGGUAACCUCAAUCACCUGGGAUAUCCACAAGCACAUAAAUGGAGCUUCAGCUCUUCAUUCUUAUAUUCUCUAACUCUGAUUACUACAAUAGGAUAUGGACCAGUAUCACCAAAAACUUCGUGGGGUAAAUUGGUCACCAUCUUAUACGCCUUAGUCGGUAUCCCCUUGAUGCUUCUGUAUCUUUCCACUACGGGGGACGUUCUCGCUAAAAGCUUCAGACGUCUCUACGGCAAGAUUUGUGGAAGAAACCUCAGAAAACUACCUUGCUCCUGCGCGGACAUGGUCAGAGUGCCAGUGACCCUCUGCGUGGUGAUACUCCUCACUUACAUCUGUUCAGGGGCGAUACUAUUCAGUAGGUUAGAGGAUUGGAGCCUUCUGGAAGGUAGUUACUUCUGUUUCGUCUCCUUGGGUACAAUCGGUUUUGGCGAUUUGUUACCGGGGAAGAACACCGAAGAGAUAUCCUUAUGUGCCUGUUCUGCCUAUAUUCUAACUGGAUUGGCCUUGGUUGCUAUGUGCUUCAGCUUGGUGCAGGAUGAGGUUAUCACACUUUUUCGAUUUAUCGGUGCUUCUUGCACAAGGACAAGUGCUGCUUCGCAACGCAAAAACGUCGAAGCAUCUGAAGAGGGCUCCUGACAGAGACCAUUGACGGAGGGUGGAUCAGCACCAGUGAAAACACCUCCGAUGAUGAAGAAAAUUCCUCCCAUGUAUCAACACAAUAGCCUUCCGAGAAAAACUAACUUCAAUAGAAACGCACCAGCAAGGAGGUCAGCAGGUGCUGAACCCUUGAUAGAGUACUUCGUACCGAGAAGUAUAAGCGAAUUUGAUCUGUCCAUCCCAAAAGAAGAAGCUUCAUCAAUCGGAAAUUUCCUGCCACUCACCGUCAGGGUACCACGAAAAGUAAUAUCCAAGCAAAAAGAAAAAAUGGUCACUUUCGAAGACGAACUGGCAAUCAGAGCUGACAAUCCCAACUUCAACGAUGUGUUCAUGUGACAGAAAGGAUAGCAUAACGAGAAGAGAGUCGAAGACAUUGUCGACGACUUCAACUUAGUGAAAAAGGAACUGAAACAAUUCAAAAAUUUCAGGUUGUGUGAAGAUUUAAAAAAGUGUGAUGAGGGUUGUUCUUGUAACACUGAGGCGGAUUGUGACAUUUGUAAAGUUAUCGACUUCACCAUGAAAAAGGAUAAAUUAUAGCUGACUGAGUGCAAUCGUAAAUAGUAAAUUUGGUUAAUAAUCACAAAAAGUCGGGGCAGAGUUCUUAAGAAUUCCUAUUCCUCCAAAUAUGUAAUUAUUUGUUAGAAUUAUCAGCCUUCUCAUAAUUGUUACGAAAACGAAGAAGCUAAACAGAUAUUUACCUACCAAUGUCUGAAUUUGAAUAAGCAUGUAGUAACUAAUCUGUAUCCUCUUUUAUCCUACACAUGUUUAUCACUUUCUUUCCUAAUUUGAAUCUUACUUUCUUUAUGCAUUUGAAAAUUGUAAUGCCGAAAGUGGGUGUUCAUUUAGCUCGGAAAAAACAAGAUGUGGAGCAACUGAUUCUCUCGAUAAAAAUUCUACUGGGAGGCUCCUAACGUUUUAUGAUGACUCUUGAUCAUUGAGUCAUUUCCAAAACCAUGAACACCCUUGAAAAAAUAAAGGACAUUAAAAGUUUCAGGUAGUGAAAUAUAUGAUACUUAUUGAUUAUUCUGAAAUAUAAGUACCUACCAUGAUAUUGAAUUAUAUUAUUUGACUCACAAAACUCAAUAUUACAUUUUCGAAAAUACUUAUUACUCAUAAUGAAUUUAAAAAUGUAAUUUCUGUAGUAGAAAACCAAAUUCGGAUUGGAUUGCCUUUGGUGUCAAGGAUCUUUCUCUGACUGUUCCCCGCACUUUCCUAUUGUCCAUAUUCACCGUCGCCAUAUUGUUGUGCGACAGUACCAACUACCCAGUGUUCCCAACGGAGAAAUAUUGACGUUAUUAGAAAAAUUCCACAAUAUAAAGUUUAUAAGUGUGGUUUAUGUGAAAACCCCGGAGUACAUUUUCUGGCUGCUACGCCACAUAGGCUUGUUUGGGACAAUAUUUCGAAAAAAUUUCACCUUUUGGAAAUAAAAACAUUAGUGAAAGGUGGUUUUAUGAACAAAUUAAC